UAACAGCAAAACUUUCGCCACCACGCCUUUCACUUUGUGCGUCUGCGCAGAAUGGUGGCGAGUUCCGCCAUUGCUUUCUGGGAUCUAGCGAGACAGAGUGAGAGCGACAGACAGCCAGCGGACGCUGGUUUGCUUUUUCUUCGUCUUCAUUUUGGGUUCCCAAACAGCGAGAGAUAACUUUGGCAGCCGCUUCAAGUUUUCCUUUGUUUCUUAUUGUUUAUUUUGCAUAUACAUUUUAUAUAUUUAUAUAUAUUUAUAUACACACACACAUAUACUGCUGUGCUUCACUGUGAUCCAACCCGACCGAGAAGAGCCUGCUGGAGGCAGAUUGCCGUUUGAUGGAUCCGAGAAUCGCCUGGUUUCAGCCGGAACAGCUCGGACCUGCCAAUAUCCUGUGGAUGCAAAUUUGGGAAACUACUCAAGGGCUAAGGAAUCUGUACUUUGACAACAACUACACUGCGAGUAGGAGCGGUACCAACGCGAACAACACCAAGACCAGCAGUGCAGGUACCUCGGCAACAGCCAGCUCCAGCGGUAUCAGUACAACCAGCACCAGCGCUACCGAGGGCAUGUCGAGCUUGAGGGCCGGCGGGGAAUUCGGGGUGCAGGGGGACUUUUUACCCUUGGAGACCAAUAACAACCAAAACAACCACCCGGCAGACAGGGGCGGCGGCGGUGCGUGGAGCCACCGAAACAUGAGGAAAAGGGACAACAAGGCGAGCACGUUCGGGUUCAACACCAGGCUCUUGCACCGCGGGCCCGGCACGGAUGGGGGUGGCGGGGGCUAUUCCGGGACCCUGUGGAAAACGAGGAACUAUUCGGAAGGGGUGCUCGGGUUACACGAAGAGAUAUUUGACUUCUACGAGUACAUGUCUCCCCGGCCCGAGGAAGAGAGGAUGCGCAAGGAGGUGGUGCAGAGGAUAAAAGACGUCAUCAGAGAACUGUGGCCUAACGCAGAUGUUCAUAUAUUUGGAAGCUUUAGCACUGGACUUUAUUUACCCACAAGUGAUAUUGAUCUCGUCGUGUUUGGGAAAUGGGACAGCCUUCCCCUGUGGACCCUGGAGCAAGCUCUCCGGAAGCACAACAUCGCCGAUGAGAACUCGGUCAAAGUGCUGGACAAAGCUACGGUACCCAUCAUUAAACUGACCGAUUCAUACACUGAGGUGAAGGUUGACAUCAGCUUCAACGUGCAGAACGGAGUGAAAGCAGCUCAGCUCAUCAAAGAGUUUAAAGAGAAAUACCCUGUACUUCCAUACCUGGUGCUCGUGUUGAAACAGUUCCUGCUGCAGAGAGAUCUGAAUGAAGUAUUCACAGGGGGGAUCGGCUCCUACAGCCUCUUCUUAAUGGUUGUCAGCUUCCUUCAGUUGCAUUACAGGGAAGACGCCAGCAGCCCCAAUGCCAACAUUGGAGUUCUCUUGAUAGAAUUCUUCGAACUCUACGGACGUCAUUUCAACUACCUGAAGACUGGCAUCCGGAUCAAGGACGGCGGCUCGUACGUGGCUAAAGAGGAAGUGCAGAAGAGCAUGGUGGACGGGUACAGACCGUCGAUGCUCUACAUCGAGGACCCCCUGCAGCCAGCAAAUGAUGUUGGAAGGAGCUCCUACGGAGCCAUGCAAGUGAAGCAAGCCUUUGAUUAUGCCUACAUUGUACUGAGCCACGCUGUUUCCCCAAUCGCCAAGUACUAUCCCAACAAUGAGUCGGAAAGCAUUCUGGGGCGCAUCCUGCGAGUGACCCAAGAAGUGUCUGAAUACAGAGACUGGAUUUCAAAGAAGUGGGGAUCGCAGAGCAGAAGAGAGUCUCCAAUCAGUGGCAAUGAUGUGACGUUGUUAGUAGAGCCACAGCAGCUGGACAAAUGCAACAACAAUGUCUGUGAAGAAAAGGCUGUGAUCCUGGGGCAGCCGCGGAGUGAACACUCCUCCUCCUCCUCCUCCUCCUCCUCCUCGAUAUCCAGCUCCAGUGAUGCAGACUCAGACGGGACUCCGUGUAAAACCCUGAAGCACCGGCAAGCCGACCCCAACCAAGAAACAGCAACGGGGUCCACACAGCUCCGCGGGAAAACACAGAGCCGUUCCUCCAGCAACCAGGCACAGAGCCAUUCCUCCAGCAACCAGGCACAGAGCCAUUCCUCCAGCAACCAGGCACAGAGCCAUUCCUCCAGCAGCCAGGCACAGAGCCAUUCCUCCAGCAGCCAGGCACAGAGCCGUUCCUCCAGCAACCAGGCACAGAGCCAUUCCUCCAGCAGCCAGGCACAGAGCCAUUCCUCCAGCAACCAGGCACAGAGCCAUUCCUCCAGCAGCCAGGCACAGAGCCAUUCCUCCAGCAACCAGGCACAGAGCCAUUCCUCCAGCAACCAGGCACAGAGCCAUUCCUCCAGCAGCCAGGCACAGAGCCAUUCCUCCAGCAGCCAGGCACAGAGCCAUUCCUCCAGCAGCCAGGCACAGAGCCAUUCCUCCAGCAACCAGGCACAGAGCCAUUCCUCCAGCAACCAGGCACAGCAUGAAAGGAGACAGUUUCGCUCUUCUCGUAAAGGCUGUACAGAUCAACAGCACCCCAGCCACUCCCCCGCACCGCUCAGCAGCAAACCACACCCACCGAACAGCCACGGCAAGAAGAGGAAACUCCGGAAGGACGCCGUGCCGGAGGAGCUCUGCAGAUAGGGAAGGAGCUGUGCCUCAUGAGACUCUGUCAAACUGCCCCCUCUCUGUGGCACGGCAUUGAGCACUAAGACUUUUUUUUUAUAGCUCAAAAGAAACCAGCUUUGCACAGAAAGAAUGAAGGAUCUUUGCUGCCACUGCUUGUUUGAUGACACAUUCGCAAACUGAAGUGGAGCCACUGUUGAAGCUGCAGAUUGAAUGGAAACCGUGAUCGUCGAUUGAUGCCCUAGAGCCUAUUAAAGAGAAAAACGAAGAAAAAAAGACUUGACAAUAGAAAAUGUAAACAAAAAAAAAAAAAACUUUAAAAAAAGUAAUACAAAAAAAGAAAUGUAGUCCUUUUAAGAA